AUGUGCGGAAGCCAGGAAUCUGCCCUCACUGUCGGACCGGACUGCCCCUCUCUCAUUCUCCCAUAUGGACACCUUGGCUUUCCUCCCUGUCCAUCCAUCCCACCAGGUAGAUCUACUCCCCUAGCAUCGUCUCUGUCGCCAGCAGUGCCAAUCGAAACACACCCUGUGACUCCACCCUCUGUGCAUAUCUACUCGCCCGGCAUUGUCUCUGUUGCCAGCAGUGCCAAGGGCGAGAUGUUCUACUCUUACCUGCCUGACCUCGAUCACCACAAUCGGCUGUCUUCACAUGCUGUCCGCCCCCACUCCCCUCGUCCCUUGUCUCUCUCACCGCACACACUGCACUGUCUCUCUCACCGCACACACUGCACUGUCUCUCUCACCCGCACACACUGCACUGUCUCUCUCACCGCACACACUGCACUGUCUCUCUCACCACACACACUGCACUGUCUCUCUCACCCGCACACACUGCACUGUCUCUCUCACCGCACACACUGCACUGUCUCUCUCACCACACACACUGCACUGUCUCUCUCACCGCACACACUGCACUGUCUCUCUCACCGCACACACUGCACUGUCUCUCUCACCACACACACUGCACUGUCUCUCUCACCGCACACACUGCACUGUCUCUCUCACCGCACACACUGCACUGUCUCUCUCACCGCACACACUGCACUGUCUCUCUCACCACACACACUGCACUGUCUCUCUCACCGCACACACUGCACUGUCUCUCUCACCGCACACACUGCACUGUCUCUCUCACCCGCACACACUGCACUGUCUCUCUCACCGCACACACUGCACUGUCUCUCUCACCACACACACUGCACUGUCUCUCUCACCCGCACACACUGCACUGUCUCUCUCACCGCACACACUGCACUGUCUCUCUCACCACACACACUGCACUGUCUCUCUCACCGCACACACUGCACUGUCUCUCUCACCGCACACACUGCACUGUCUCUCUCACCACACACACUGCACUGUCUCUCUCACCGCACACACUGCACUGUCUCUCUCACCGCACACACUGCACUGUCUCUCUCACCGCACACACUGCACUGUCUCUCUCACCCGCACACACUGCACUGUCUCUCUCACCGCACACACUGCACUGUCUCUCUCACCACACACACUGCACUGUCUCUCUCACCCGCAAACACUGCACUGUCUCUCUCACCGCACACACUGCACUGUCUCUCUCACCACACACACUGCACUGUCUCUCUCACCGCACACACUGCACUGUCUCUCUCACCGCACACACUGCACUGUCUCUCUCACCACACACACUGCACUGUCUCUCUCACCGCACACACUGCACUGUCUCUCUCACCGCACACACUGCACUGUCUCUCUCACCGCACACACUGCACUGUCUCUCUCACCACACACACUGCACUGUCUCUCUCACCGCACACACUGCACUGUCUCUCUCACCGCACACACUGCACUGUCUCUCUCACCCGCACACACUGCACUGUCUCUCUCACCGCACACACUGCACUGUCUCUCUCACCACACACACUGCACUGUCUCUCUCACCCGCACACACUGCACUGUCUCUCUCACCGCACACACUGCACUGUCUCUCUCACCACACACACUGCACUGUCUCUCUCACCGCACACACUGCACUGUCUCUCUCACCGCACACACUGCACUGUCUCUCUCACCACACACACUGCACUGUCUCUCUCACCGCACACACUGCACUGUCUCUCUCACCGCACACACUGCACUGUCUCUCUCACCGCACACACUGCACUGUCUCUCUCACCACACACACUGCACUGUCUCUCUCACCGCACACACUGCACUGUCUCUCUCACCGCACACACUGCACUGUCUCUCUCACCACACACACUGCACUGUCUCUCUCACCGCACACACUGCACUGUCUCUCUCACCGCACACACUGCACUGUCUCUCUCACCGCACACACUGCACUGUCUCUCUCACCCGCACACACUGCACUGUCUCUCUCACCGCACACACUGCACUGUCUCUCUCACCACACACACUGCACUGUCUCUCUCACCCGCACACACUGCACUGUCUCUCUCACCGCACACACUGCACUGUCUCUCUCACCACACACACUGCACUGUCUCUCUCACCGCACACACUGCACUGUCUCUCUCACCGCACACACUGCACUGUCUCUCUCACCACACACACUGCACUGUCUCUCUCACCGCACACACUGCACUGUCUCUCUCACCACACACACUGCACUGUCUCUCUCACCCGCACACACUGCACUGUCUCUCUCACCGCACACACUGCACUGUCUCUCUCACCACACACACUGCACUGUCUCUCUCACCGCACACACUGCACUGUCUCUCUCACCGCACACACUGCACUGUCUCUCUCACCGCACACACUGCACUGUCUCUCUCACCACACACACUGCACUGUCUCUCUCACCGCACACACUGCACUGUCUCUCUCACCGCACACACUGCACUGUCUCUCUCACCGCACACACUGCACUGUCUCUCUCACCACACACACUGCACUGUCUCUCUCACCCGCACACACUGCACUGUCUCUCUCACCGCACACACUGCACUGUCUCUCUCACCACACACACUGCACUGUCUCUCUCACCGCACACACUGCACUGUCUCUCUCACCGCACACACUGCACUGUCUCUCUCACCACACACACUGCACUGUCUCUCUCACCGCACACACUGCACUGUCUCUCUCACCGCACACACUGCACUGUCUCUCUCACCGCACACACUGCACUGUCUCUCUCACCACACACACUGCACUGUCUCUCUCACCACACACACUGCACUGUCUCUCUCACCGCACACACUGCACUGUCUCUCUCACCACACACACUGCACUGUCUCUCACCACACACACUGCACUGUCUCUCUCACCACACACACUGCACUGUCUCUCUCACCACACACACUGCACUGUCUCUCUCACCACACACACUGCACUGUCUCUCUCACCGCACACACUGCACUGUCUCUCUCACCGCACACACUGCACUGUCUCUCUUUCGCCUCUCUCUUUGAGUCGUACGAUCCACGGUUCCUCAUGUCCACUCCGGGCUAUCGCAGUGUCAACUCCCCCGCGCCUCUGCACCAGAUGAUGCCCACACUGCCGUGCCCAUGCCAUGUCAUAUGCUACCAACUCACUUGCUCGUGCCGGCCAAAUUCCACCCACUGCUUACACAUUCUUCGUACUGCAUUGUACCUCAAUCCACCUUCCGGCCAUUCGUUUGGCCUUUCCCCUUCUGCUCUCUGCCCUCUCUUCCCUCUCUCCCUUCUCUCCCCUCUCUUCCCUCUCUCCCUUCUCUCCCCUCUCUCCCCUCUCUCUCUCCUCCCUAAAUCCCUCCUCCCUCACCCAACAGGUGUGUCAGUACUAUGUCGCAUCAGUCAUGCCUGUCUAGAUAACACCUGCCCCAUACCGUACCCUCUCUCUUCCACCGACAUACCCCUGUACCACUCCAUCCUCCUCAUGAUUGACGACACCUGCCAGGCGCUAACGAGGUACCACUCCAUCCUCCUCAUGACCGACAUAUGCCAGGCGCAAGCUCCUCACCUCCGAGGUAUUCCCUUCACUGCUACCUGUUUGCUUUACCUUCUGACUCUGCAGCUCUUGACCCACCUGUUUCUCUCUCUCCCUCUCUCCACCCUCCUUGUGAUCCACACAUGCCAGGCGCAAACCCCUUACUCCAAGGUAAAGCUGGUGUCGCUGGCGGGGGAGAGCGAGUAUGCAUCAUCGCUUGCAUCAGGGCGGGUGACAGCGAUAGUGGGCAAGGACCCCUACCUUUGA